AUGGCGACGGGUCAAACAUCUUCGAGCUCGAGUAUUAGUUUUGUGGACGCGUCGGGAUACAAGUUCUCCGAGAAAGACUCCAAACCUGGCAAGAUCAAGCUGAAGAAGCAGGCUUCUGGAAAGGGCGCCAAGACCGGGAAUAAAUCGGAGCCACAAGGAGGCGAUGGCGAUGCUCCAGGUUCACCCGAUGGCUCUCCUGUCCUUCCACAAAUGGACGCCAAAACGAUCGCGGCUUUUCCAUCCGGCAGACCGCGCGAAGAGGAACUCGAGACCGUGAUAUGCAAACACUGCAAGCGACCACAGCUGAAAUCAACCGCUAUUGAACAUAUUCGGGAAUGUCUAAGAGCCAAGCAGGAGAAAGCGCGUAAGAAGAAGGAGGCUCGUGAUGCGAAGAAUCAAGCCAAGUUCGCCGAUACCAAGGAUGGCGACGACAAAGAUGACGAUAAGGAUGAAGAUGGAAUCAGUGGACAAAAAACCGCGAAAAAGGGUGCGGUGAAGGGCAUGGCGGAUGAUGGGCCAAAGAAAGGGAAGAAACGCAAAGCAACAGAGGGCGAAGAUGAAAAAGACAAGGAACCGAAAAAGAAGAAAAAGAAGGAAGAGCCGAAACCAAAAGUGCCUAAACCAAAAGGUCCUGUGGAUGUUGAGAAACAAUGUGGUGUACCUUUGCCGAAUGGCUCCCAGUGUGCCCGAUCGCUCACUUGCAAGAGCCAUUCUAUGGGGGCGAAACGUGCGGUUCCUGGACGUUCGCUUCCCUAUGAUAUGCUUUUGCAAGCAUAUCAGAAGAAGAAUCAGGCUCGUCAACAAAAAGCUGCUAUCGACGCCAAUGCCCCUCUGCAAGAUGACUUUGAAACCAACGGCCCGGUUGACUCGGAUGAAGAGCGUGAUGCCGUCAUGGCUGCCAUCUCACGAUCGCGUCCAACACCAUUGGCUGUUCAUACUCUAAUGCCGACCCGAAAAAAGUAUCAUUACGUACGCAUGAAGGAGAUGCUUUCAAACGUACUCGGCGGCGUUCGUGGAGGUGGUUUAUUCUCUACCGGACCCACGACAAACGGAGAAUCAAAUGGACUCUUUCAAACUGAGAGUCCAACCAUGGCUUCUGCUACUGGCACAUCUUCAUCUACUUUACAGGAUUCGUCUGCUGGCACAGAUGCAGCGUCAAAGAAACAGGCUAAUACUCAGACUACGCCUAUCAACCGUCCUCCGAGUGUAGCCACUACUCCCAAGACGGCGGUAGCAGCUACAUCGUAG